GUGUGGUGUUUUACAUCUUCGCAACGUGGGAAAACUUUCAGAAAGUGUUAUAUGGUGGUAUUUUCUGUGCCAGCCUUCCUUGUGGUCACCUGUGUCAAAUUAUAGCGGUUGUUUUUACAUUAUCUUCGGGGUUUGUGCGCGUUUGUUUGCGCGCAGGUGAAAUCAGACGCAGGUGUCACCGAUCAACUGGGGAUUCAGAUCAGCCUGUGCAACGCUGCUUUCCUGGGCUACUAAAGGUGUUGAACUGCGGCCUUUGGUCACAUCAUGGCUUUUUCAGUAACCCUGACUGGCCCGUCCCCCUGGGGCUUCAGAAUAUCUGGUGGACGUGACUUCAAAAAGGCCUUAACAGUCUCAAAGGUAAAUGCUGGCAGUAAAGCCGAAAAAGCCCAUCUGCAACCUGGAGACGUCAUUCUAGAAAUAAAUGGGGACAACACAAGCGACAUGCUGAACGUAGAGGCACAGAACAAAAUCAAAAACUCCAAAACACAGCUGGAGCUUCUCGUAGAGAGGCCAGUUCCUUCCAGUCCUGGACAGACUAAUGGAAUCAGUAACACGGAACAAUUGGUGGGCCGUUUCCAGGAGGCUGUGCAAGUCAGAGAUGAGAACCAGAACUACAGAGUCUACUCCGUCUCCAGUCCGGCUUCUAUUUCUCCAGGUCCAUACUCCCCAGAACCACUAUCCAGUCCUGAAGUAAAGGGGGAAAGGAUCACACCCACCAACAGGAGCCUGCAGCACAGUUCCUGGUCUUCUGAAGAGAAGAUUAGCAGCUACAGACUGUCCCGACCUCUUUCUCAGGACUUCUCCCCGAUGGAUUAUCGCAGCAACUCUGUGUCCAGUCGAACCCCGACCCCUCCCGGACGCUACUCGCCGCUCAGUCCUAUUGACCGGGACAUUCCAAUUUCUCCACGCCGUAACAGCUCAGACUUUGCGAUGCAACGGUUCGACCGGGACUCUGAGGUGUACAAGAUGAUUCAGGAGAAUAAGGAGUCGCGUGCAGCUCCUCGUCAGUCCAACACCUUCAAAAUGCUGCAGGAGGUGCUGGAGGCCGACGAGAAUGAGGCUGCCAUCAGGUUUCCAGGGAGACUAUCGCCGAGCCCACCGAAACCUGACACGUCUGGCGGCGGAGUCACAAAAUAUCACACUUGCGAAAAAUGCGGCAACAACAUUGUCACCCAGGCAGUACGGAUCAUAGACGGUCGCUUCCGCCACCCUGAAUGUUACACGUGCUCAGACUGUGGCCUCAACCUGAAGAUGCGUGGUCACUUCUGGGUUGAAGAGGAGCUAUUCUGUGAGAAGCACGCUCGCCAGCGCUACCAGGGACCCGGAGCCGGCUACCGCCACCCCAUCUCACCUAAUAACUGAGACCUUAGCACCUUCGCUCCCGCCCUUUCUUAGUUAGUCCAUGUCCGGUGUCCUUUCAGCCCUGGAGGCAGAGGAAGGAUGGCAUGACUUCCCAGGAUGGGCACUGCUGUUUAGCUGUUGACUCUGGGAUGGCACAAGGGAGGGUUUGGACCCACAUACAUGCAGAUGAUGUCAUUUGAAGAGUAUUGUACACUUUAUUCCACCUUACUUGCCAAUUCUUUACAUUGUAUUGAGCUUUUUGUUUCCUUCACAUAGCUUUACUCAGUGGAUUCUUAUAAACACGGUUUUCUUUGGUUGAGUUUGACUGAACUGUAACAAGCCUGCUCUUUAAUCUGGGAUCUGCUUCACGUCAUAAACAUACACCAUCAAUAGUGCACACUGGACCGGUUUCUGUGCUUUGUUUGUGUGUAAGCAGUUAAAAACAGAUGCACAAUCUAAAGUUACACCCACAACGUUUCUAAAUAUAAGAUGGAAUGAUGGGAUGAAAUGCAGGCAGAGGUAGUUUUUUAUCACAUCUUUCACUUUCUGAUAACAGGUUACUUUAGUGUGCAUUAUCCUACUUAUACCAUGGCCAACCACCACCACUCAUAACUAAGCAACAGAUAAUCACAUUAAAUAGGUACUAAGUUUUUAGUUUUGUCAUUUUUAUAUUCCUUCACUCAGCAAAAGACGUAAAAUUUAAAGUUGGUGUCAUUCAAACAAACAUUUGCCCUUUCAUCUAAAAAUCACAAGUUUGGACCUAAACAAAUUCAAACCUCAAAAAUCCAUAGUAGCAAUCUAGGAGAACAGAAGCACUUCUUUAUUUAUUUUUUACUUUCUUUGUAUUUUUUUGGACCAUGAUGUAUAUUAAAUUAGCAAUUUGAUAUCAGAUUUAUUUCUUAUUUUGUAUUAUUACAAUCAGAUUGUAAAAAAAAACAAGAACAUGUCACAAACAAUAGAUUCUUUUUUUCUUUCCUUUUCCUUUAUUUUUUCCUUCUUUAUUGUUUUUUUUAAAUCUCAUUUUGUUUUGUACCAUUAUUAGUAAUUAAAUUAGCAAUUUGAUAUCAGAUUUGUUUCUUUUUCUGUAUGAUGAGCAUCAGAUUGGGGAAAAAAAACAAGAAUGUCACUUUUGUUUUCUUUAUUUUUUCAUUCUUCAUUGUUUCAUUCAUAUCUCAUUUUGUUUUGGACCAUAAUUAGUAUUAAAUUAGCAGUUAGAUAAUAGAUUUGUUUCUUUUUCUGUAUGAUUAGCAUCAGAUUGGGAAAAAAACAAGAACAUGUCACAUAAUUAAAGAAACUGAUUUUUUCUUUCUUUCUAUUCUUUUUCUUUAUUUUUUCCAUCUUCAUUGUUUCAUUCUUUUUCAUUUUGUUUAGUACCAUAAUUAGUAUUAAAUUAGCAAUUAAAUAUUAUAUUUGCUUCUUAUUCUGUAUGAUGAGCAUCAGAUUGGAAAAAACAAGAACAUGUCACAUAAACGAAGAAAUAGAUUCUUUUUUACCUUUCUUUUCUUUUCUGUUUUGUAAUUGUUGCUUUCUUCCUUCCUUUUCCUUUACUGUUACUUGCAGAGUUCCACACCCCCAAAAAAGACAACCUGGUAGCAUGUCAUUUAAAAAAAAGUAUUAGCCUUUGCUUUUGAAAAUGUUAUAUUAGAAACCCAACAAUACAGCCAUUUAAGGCUUGGAGAGUCUGUUUUUAUCAGUUUAAUCAUGGCCAUGGUAUAAAAACAAUAAAAUGAAGUUUGGCUUUUCUUACUCUAUGCAUUCAUUAUUCGAAGGUGUUUCGGGUGAUUAUGUGCCUUAUAAUCCACAUUGCAGCUCAAGAGUAUUUUCCUGUUCAUAUAUGCAAAAUCAUUCUUUUACAAACAUGCAUUUUGAUCAGGGCUGAUCGGACAGCGAUUCCUGGACUAUGAUAGCGUACCAGCCGAGUUACAUUCCACCCCAAAGCCUCUGAAAGUCUCUGCAGCCCUGAUCUAGAUGAUCCUUCAUUAGCUUUUCAUUUAUUUCUUAUUACACAAGGGAAAUUGUAUAUCAAAGCAAUAAUAUGAGUAAUCUAUUAGUGUAAAUACAAGUGUUUAUGAUGUUUAUGAUGGAUUGGACAAAGGUGCAUGUUUCAGUGCAUUAUAUGUUGACUUGUGUGUCGGUGUGUGUUAAUGCUAUUAUUUGUUUGGAGUACUUCAUAAAGGGUGGCUUAUUUUCAUGAACAAAAAAGGAAAAAAACUCCACAUCUGGUGAAUUGUUAACAUUAUAUUGCUGUUUGUAUUAUUACCUGUGCUUUCAUUUUUUUUUCUUUUUCAAAUAUAUUAUUUACAUAUUAA